GUAUUGGCCUUGAGAAGAGGAGGAAGAGGAAGAGAAGAAGAGGAAGAGGACGGAGAGGAACAGAUCAAGAGGAGGAAGAGGAAUAUAAGAGGAGGAAGAGGAACAGAUGAGAGUAAAAGGAGGAACAUAAAGGAGGAUAAGAAGACUAUUUUGUUUUUACUGAAUAACACGCAGCCAUCAUCGUCAUCAUCAGCCCUUGCAGCACCUUCACACCUGCAGCAAACGUUAAUUAGCAACCACCCACGGGCCCCGGCACUCGUAGGCCCCCUGGUUAUGUGGAGAGAGUUCUUGGGCUGGCGCUGCUAAUAACAUUGUACAGUUGCCCUGCUAUCCCUGCUUGCACCCAACUGCUUGUCAAGGAUGGAGGACAGGAUGAGUGACACUGAAGAAAAGCUGCGUGACAAGGUGACUGUGGUGGUGUUGGGAGACCUUGGCCACUCCCCUCGCAUGAACUACCACGCACUCUCUCUCUCCAAAGAAGGAUAUGAAGUGAAUCUAGUGGGAUUUGCCGGGUCAAAGCCGCAGUUAGAAAUACUAAAUGAUGAGCACAUUACGCUUACUUACAUGAGACCUUUUCCACACAUCACAUUGCCAAGGCUUUUAGCAUUUGUUUUUAAGGUUGUCUGGCAAUCAAUGAUAUUGUUUUUCACACUGUUAACAGCAACAAGGAGCAAAUAUCUUCUCCUUCAGAAUCCGCCCGGUGUCCCUGCAAUGCCUGUUUGCUGGUUUUAUUGUUUUAUUAGCAGAACAAAGUUCUUUGUUGACUGGCACAACUACGGCUAUUCCAUUCUUGCACUUACGCUGAGAAAGAAUCACCCUUUAGUGUUUAUUUAUGGUCUUAUUGAAAAAAUCUUUGGAAAGCUUGCUAGCGGAGGACUUUGUGUGACCAAGGCCAUGAAAAUUGAUCUUGCAGAUAACUGGGGCAUCACAAGGAUAACAGUGUUGUACGACCGCCCAGCAGAAAGGUUUCACCCAAUUACUGUUGAGGAAAAACAUGAUCUUUUCAUGAAGCUUUCAUCUACAUACCCUUGCUUCUCAAGUGACUCUCCUGACAAGACUGUCUUCACUGAGAGGUAUGCCGACGGCAGAGUUACUGAGUGUGAGGACCGGCCGGCCCUAGUCGUGUCCUCCACCAGCUGGACGGAGGACGAGGACUUCUCGAUUCUCUUUCAUGCCCUGGAGGAUUAUGAACAUGUGCGGCAGGAGUUUCCCGACCACUACCCUCCACUUAUAGUCGCUGUUACAGGAAAGGGCCCCAUGAAGGCCUACUACACCUCACUCAUAGCAGAGAAGCAAUGGGUACAUGUGGCUGUUAUUACUCCUUGGAUGACUGCAGAAGAUUAUCCAAAGUUAUUAGCCUCUGCUGACCUUGGAGUUUGUCUCCACUAUUCUUCCUCAGGUCUAGACUUGCCCAUGAAGGUGGUGGACAUGUUUGGCAGCGGACUGCCGGUUGUAGCCAUUGAGUACCCUGCGCUGCCGGAGCUGGUGCAUCACAAUGAAAAUGGCAUGGUGUUUAAAAGCACGGAGGAGCUUGCUAACCUGCUGCAAGACUGGUUUCGUGGAUUCCCGAAAGAGACUGCCAUAAAGGAAACCUACUAUGACUUCUAUAAGAAUAUUGAAAACUUUAGAAAGUUGACUUGGCACUCCUGCUGGACCUGUAAUGCCCUGCCUUUGUUCAGUGAAACAGUGACAACGAAAGGUUAGGGGACAUGCUGGAGGCAUUGUGGAUCAAGGUUUUGGGAACUCAAAUGUGACGAGACGAGGCGGAAUAAAAAUGUAAUAUUAUUUCUCAUAUCUGGGCAGCUCCUGCUCUCAAGACACACUCGGAAAUGAUCUGCAACUGAGCCAUUCUUCAGUGUGUGCAGGACAUUUACUGGUCUUUUUGCACCUGCAUGUAAUAGUGAAACAGAACAUGUGAAGAUGCAUUUCCAAAUCUUAACAUGUAUAUAAGGAUAGAUGUUAGGAUAUGGAAAUAUAUGAAUCUACACACCACUCAUUUGCCCUCGCAUAUUUAUUUAGAAAAACAAAAUCAUAAACAGGAUAAACAUAGAUGACUAUUUUUGCAUGCUAAAUGUUAAUGGAAUGAAAAUAUACAGUGCAUAUAUUUUUGUUACUUUUGUACUUUCUGUAGUUGGUAAUGAAAAUUAUUUUUUGUUAGCCACUGCUUGAAAUUCUCACGAUAUUUUCUUAAAGAGAAAGAAAAAGCUGAGCAUGGACCAUUCCAUAAUCCUGCCCUCAUGGUGAUGGAGAUACUAAAGUAAUUCCAUCAGUAAAUGAAGUGGUCAGCAUGUUUACUCCAGUAAAGAUUAACAUUCCAAAAAUAGUUCUCACAAAGCCUUCACAGUCUUGUAUCAAUGUAUGUGUUCCUAGUUAUUUUCUGGUGUGUAAUUUUGCAUUGUAUAUUUUGUUGUUGUUCAUAAAACUACAUGCAUA